GGUGCUGCUGCUCUGGGGCCUAUGGGUGGAGGGGAAUUCAGACGCCGCGUCUGGUGUGUCCCUUUCUCCUUCCCGACCUUCCUCAGUCUGCGGCUCUUUUCUCCACCGCGCGCCCACCUCAGCCGUUCAGCCCUGAGCGGGCGGGCGGGCGGACGGGCAUGGAUCCAGGCGGUGGGAGCAGUCUGCGAAGUCAGGGUAGGAAGGCUACACAAAGGAGGCGACGUCCCAGCCCGGUCCUCAGGAAUAAGCGGGCGUGCCCGUGUGGUGUGGACGGUUGUAUACAUCUGAACUGGUCGACUAAGGAUGCAAAGCCAAGUGCUCCAGUGAGUGUGGUACAGGUUGUUGGGAUGAAGGAGAGAUGGCAAUCAACUGAAGUUACCGAAUACGUCAGGAAGGAGGCUGAUUUCAGCUGGCUGUGAUUGGGAAGAUCAAUGCGAGGACAUUCCGAGUCGGAAACAGCCAAGGCAAAGACUCACAGGAUUCUGCCCUGCCCCUCUGCUCUGCAUCUGACAGCUGGGAUCUUGGGAUCCUGUUUUCCUAAGCUUGCUGGAAUUCCUGCAGUCCUCAUGUGAACUCCCCUGGCCUCAUCACCAUCCUGUCUUAGGGCUGUUCUAAGGAAUCCCAGUUUAGACAACUGAGGAUCAAGUUCUCUCCCUAAGGAAUCAGCUGAUCACAGUGGCACAUAGGUUCCAUUUGGGGUAACUCUUUUCUGCAGGAUAAUCUCCUGACAUAUCUCUAUGUACACAGACAUAAUAUUUCCAUGGAAACAGAUCCUGCCACCCCUGUUAGGAGUCAUCAAGCCUGCGCCCAAGUUCAUUUGGACUCUGCUUUGUUCUGGAAAGAUUAAUACAUGGGCUACAGCUCUGGCAGCGUCAAAACUGGCCAGACCAACAGACCUCCCAGGAAGGAAAAACUCCUUUCUCUCACCCAUGAAGCUGUACUCAUCUUGUUGGAUAUGAGACCUAUUUCUUAUUUCUUCCAUUUAUUCACCUGACUUUCAGAGUCCUUUAUGCUGCACGCCUUCAUUUCUGGUGCCCUCUCUUGUCUCUUCCCCAGUCCUGCUGAAGCUGCUCUUUAGCCCAGGCCCCAAGACUGUAUGGUCCCUGUGGCAGCAGCCAGUGUUGUUUCAGGAAGCAACAGCAUUUGAAGAUAUGACCAAAGAUUGGAAUUAUUUAGAAGGCUCUCAAAAGGAUUGCUACAGAGACACAAUGCUGGACAGUUAUGAGAACAUGGUCCCACAGGGAUCCUUCUUACAGUUCUCCAUGAUGCCUCAGAGAGCUGGAAAUGAUCCACCUGGGGUUUCAAAUGCAAGUGAAAUGGAAAUGGAGAUAAGUACCAUGAGAGAAAAGUUUCUUAUGAGUGUAACAAAAUUAGUAGAAAGCAAAAGUUACAACAGCAAGGUAUUUUCCAAAGAAAAGUACUUUCAAACAAUAAAGGAAGUUAAAGAAGCUAAAGAAAAAGGGAAGAAGUCAUCACGUGAUUAUCGCCGUGCAGCAAAAUAUGAUGUGAUCUCUGUACAGGGCACAGAGAAACUGAUAGAGGCUACUCAUGGAGAACGUGAUCGAAUACGGUAUUAUGUACAUAAAGAAGAGUUGUUUGAUAUUCUUCAUGAUACACAUCUUAGUAUUGGACAUGGUGGGCGGACACGCAUGCUCAAGGAGCUGCAAGGAAAAUAUGGGAAUGUCACCAAAGAAGUUAUUGUCUUAUAUCUGACUCUGUGUAAACAGUGCCACCAGAAGAACCCAGUACCCAAGAGAGGCCUUGCACCAAAGCCCAUGACUUUUAAGGACAUAGAUUCCACAUGCCAAGUUGAAAUAUUUGACAUGCAGUCAAGUGCCGAUGGUGAGUUCAAGUUCAUUUUAUACUACCAGGACCACUUAACCAAGUUUAUUAUUUUACGGCCAUUAAGAACCAAACAGGCCCGUGAGGUGGUCAGUGUCUUGUUAGAUAUUUUCACAAUUCUUGGUACACCCAGUGUGUUAGACUCUGACAGUGGUGUUGAGUUCACAAACCAGGUUGUUCAUGAGCUCAAUGAGUUGUGGCCAGACCUAAAGAUUGUGUCUGGUAAGUACCACCCUGGCCAAAGCCAGGGCUCCCUGGAAGGAGCAAGCCGUGAUGUAAAGAACAUGAUAAGUACCUGGAUGCAGAGUAACCACUCACGUCACUGGGCCAAAGGCCUCCGAUUCAUGCAGAUGGUGAGGAAUCAGGCUUUCGACGUUUCCUUGCAGCAAAGUCCAUUUGAGGCAAUGUUUGGUUGUAAAGCCAAAUUUGGGCUAUAUUCCUCAAACUUGCCCCGGGAAACUGUGGCUACUUUACAAACGGAAGAAGAACUAGAAACUGCCGAAGAACAGCUAGAAAAUAGCGUUUGGAUCAGGCAGGAAGAAAGGGCUGAGAUUGGAGCAGACAGAUCUGAUAUGGACGAUGACAUGGAUCCCACUCCUGAAGCUGCAGAACCCAGCACCUCACAAGGGACUUCCAGUCUCCUCUGCUGGUGAAGAGAUGGCUGCUGGGUGGACAGUCACAGGUGUCUCUCUGAGCAGUCAUCUGAGAACUGUCGCCAGAGGUCCCGGGGGAAAGGAUUGAAGGCUGCACUCUCAGGUCAAGUUGUACCUGGUAAUCCUUGCUCAAAAAGGGAAAAGUUCGGGUCUGUGUAUUUAUUCUUAGGGCUGCCAUAAAAAAUUACCAACCUGGCCGGGUGCAGGGCUCAUGCCUGUAAUCCCAGCACUUUGGGAGGCCGAGGUGGGUGGGUCACUUGAGGUCAGGAGUUCAAGACUGGCCUGGCCAACAUGAUGAAACCCUGUCUCUACUGAAAAUACAGAAAUUAGCCAGGCUUGGAGCCGUGUGCCUGUAAUCCCAACUAACUGGGAGGCUGAGGCAGGAGAAUCACCUGAACCCAGGAGGCGGAGGUUACAGUGAGCCGAGACCAUGCCACUGCACUCCAGCCUGGGUAACAAAGCAAGAUUCUGUCUCAAAAAAAAAAAAAAAAAAAAAAAAAAAUUAUCACAACCUGGGCGACUUAACAGAAAUUGAGUCUCACAGUCUGGAGGUCCAAAGUCUGAAAUUAAAGUGUUAGUAAGGUAGGUUCUUUCUGGAGGCUCUGGGGUAGAAUCCAUUCCAUGCCUUUCUCCUUUCUCUAGUGUCCAUUGGCAAUCCUUGGCAUUCCUUGGCUUGUGACAGCGUAAGUCCAGUCUAUGCUUCUAUCUUCAUGUGGCCUUCUCCCCUGAGAAGGCCAUAAUUUUUUAUGGCAGCCCUAAGAAUAAAUA